AUGUUCGCCAACGCUUUGAAAUCGAUAGGCGCCUCCAGCAAUAUCAACACCAACUAUUCGAUUUCCUCCACCUUGACAGCCACCGCUGGGCCAUGGAAGAUCUAUUCGGCGAAACGAAAGGCCACGGGCAAAGAAUAUUCCGUCUUUGUAUUCGAUAAAAAGACCCUCGAUGCAGGAAACAAUGGUUUGGGAGGGAGACAGUCGGCUUCGUCGCAAAAGAGAGUGGUGGAGGAGGUGGUGGAAAGGCUGAAGAAGGAGGCAUCAUCUCUGGCGAGGCUACGGCAUCCGGGAGUGCUAGAAUUGGUCGAACCGGUCGAAGAAACGAGGGGAGGAGGACUGCAAUUUGUCGCCGAGCCUGUGACGGCCUCGCUCUCGGGUCUUUUGCAAGAAAAGGAUGACCAGGAACGGGGCGGAGGGUUUGGAGGCAGGUCGAGCCGAUAUGUUACCGAGGACGCGAACGGCACACGGCGACGGCGAGAGCUCGAGAUUGACGAACUAGAAAUCCAAAAGGGUCUGCUGCAAGUCAGUAAGGCACUGGAGUUCUUGCACGACAACGCCGGGCUAGUACAUGGAAAUCUGACGCCGGAUGCCAUUUUAGUCAAUGCAAAAUCGGAUUGGAAGCUGAGCGGCCUGGCGUUCUGCAGCCCCCCAGAGCCAUCAACGAUCCCCACGACUAUUCAACCGAUCAUCCUGGGCGAGGUCUUGAAUCCAGAUCCUAGAAUACCAAGGACUGUACAGCUGAAUCUGGAUUACGCAUCGCCAGAUUUCGUCCUGGAUAACAACCUGACGACCUUUGCCGAUAUGUUUUCUCUGGGCCUGCUCUGUAUCGCCUUGUACAACUCCCCACACCGGUCGCCAAUCGAGUGCAAUACCAGUAUCUCAGCUUAUAAGCGGGUGUUCCAAUCGUCACAAAGCGUCCCAACCGCUACCAACAACUACCUGUCCUCCCGGCCAUUACCCAAGGAACUCGGUCAACAUGUGCUACCCAGACUGCUUACACGCCGGCCGGCCCAACGCAUGACAGCGAAGGAGUUCCAAGAGAGCGAAUACUUCAACAACGUCCUCAUCUCUACCAUCCGCUUCCUCGAGGGCUUCCCCGCCAAGACGCCCAAUGAGAAGCAGCAAUUCCUGAGAGGGCUGAUCAAAGUGCUUCCGAACUUUCCAAAGGCUGUCAUGGAAAAGAAGCUUCUACCGGCCCUCCUGGAGGAGCUGAAGGAUAAGGAGCUGAUAUCGUUAAUCCUCCACAACGCCUUCAAGAUUGUCGGUCUUCUUCCAGCGGGGAGGAGGGCUUUCAACGAAAAAGUCAGACCUAAAUUGAAGGAAAUCUUUGUUACCAACGCCAAACAACCUCAGGAAAAGGAUGCCAAUCGUGAUGCCGGUUUGAUGAUUGUCAUCGAGCAGCUGUCUGUUAUAGCUAGCAACUGCAAUGGGAAGGAGUUCAAGGAUGAUAUCCUACCCAUAUUUUACACGGCCCUCGAAUCACCCACCCCGUCCCUGAUCAACGCCGCCCUGACCAGUUUACCAGUGGUCCUGCCUGUGUUGGACUUCAGCACCAUCAAGGGAGAGCUUUUUCCAGUCAUUGCUACAAUUUUCAGUAAAACCAACAGUCUGGCCAUCAAGGUCCGUGGUUUAGAAGCCUUUGUCACACUUUGUGGAGGUACUGGCAGCGGUGACGAUGGCUUGGACGGGCUCGCUACAGAACAGAAGAAGGCCACAUCCUCCACGGCCCUCGACAAGUUCACCAUGCAAGAAAAAAUCAUUCCUCUAAUCAAGGCCAUUAAAACCAGGGAACCAGCCGUCAUGAUGGCUGCCCUGAACGUUCUGAAGGUCGUCGGCAGGGUGGCUGAUGGGGAUUUCGUGGCACUGGAGAUGCUUCCACUGCUUUGGAGCAUGUCGUUGAACCCUCAGUUGAACUUGCGGGAAUUCCAGGCCUUCAUGGAGCUUAUCAAAUCACUAUCAAGCAGAGUGGAGGACGAACAGACAAAGAAACUACAAGAGCUCACCGGCGGCGCUGUCACAUCGCCCGGCCUCAAGGACGAUUUUCUGUCGUUUGGGGCGAUUGCGGGGUCUUCUCUUGAGGCGAACGGGACAUCGGAGACGGAUUUUGAGGCGCUGGUCAAAGGCAGGGCAAGUACGACCAACACCAACCCACUGGACAGCUGGGACACGAAGCCAUCAGCAGCGUCUUCCUCCAGUGUGAGAAAUUCCACACCCACGCCCACGUUUUCUUGGUCUACACCACCGGUAUCCUCACCGGUAGCCACCUCACACCUCAAAGCUCAGACCGGAGGCUUCAGAACGGUAACCCCAGACCUAGCGGCCAUCCAGCCCAUGGCCCCAACAAUCACCCAGUUCUCACAGCCUUUGCAACCACAAUCGAACACAACAUCAACGCAGCCGCAGCCGCAGCCGGCGUCAUUCAACUGGUCCGGUGCCAGCAGCGCAACCACGCCCAGUAAUAUCUGGGCGACCCCCUCCGCCAGUGCCCAACCCACUUCCAAUGUAUGGGCAUCAUCUACAACCCAGCCCAAUCCGAAUGCCUGGGCCUCUCAACCAUCCACGUCGGCCUUUAGUUCUCUAAGCUUGAAUCAGCAGCAGCAACAGCGUCCGCAGCCAACAACAUCCUCUUCUUUCGCCCUGCCUCCGCCACCUGGCGCGCCUAGCGCUAGCUCGGGAAAUUCGGGCUUCAGUCUGCCCCGGCCACCAGGAACAUCCUUCACGACUUCAGGCCUGGGCGGAACGAGCAAUAUGAAUAGUCUGGCAUCACUUGGGGUUGCCAACAGGACCGGCACAGGCAUGGGAAUGAGCAUGAACAGCAUGAUGGGAGGCAUGAGCCAGCAGCAGAAACCGCCUCAACAGCAGCCGAAGGGGGGUUUGGAUAAGUAUGAAAGCCUAUUGUAGUUGUUUUUCCAGGGGUGUAGUCAUUAUAUAUAUACCCAUAGCGAAUCAUUGAACCUUGUCUGUCGAGGUUCCCUGAAAACACUUAUCAACCUCGAAAGGCGUUGAUCUUCUAAUA